AUGGCUGCAGUUCAGAACGCGCUCAGUAACGUGGAAGACACUACGGAAAUGGCCAAUCCCUUUAUUGUUCGUUCACCCAUUCUUUCUUCAUCCCUUUCUUCUUUACCUGUCCCACCUACCUCCACCGCCACUCUUACCUACACCCUGUUGAGUCGCAGUAGGUCACCUAUGAUUUUCUCUUCUGUUUCAUCCCAAUCUUCUUCAACAACUCCACCGAAGCCCCAGCGUCCAGCAGCCGUUGUUGUCAAUCUCAGGCCAGUUCCUUCCUCCACGUCAACGACAAUAAGACCUUCUGUACCUAAUGUAACUAACAAGACGACCCCUCCUAUUGAAACCAAAAACAAUUCCGAACCGACAACGACUUCCAAAAGUGUCUUGCUUAAUAGUCUUAAUCAAAUGAACAGCAACGUCACGUGGAUAGCCAAACCGACGUCACAACUCGUGACGAGCAACACGACCUCAUUUGCCGACGCUGAUUACGAAUAUUACGAUUACGACGAGACUACGUUACAAACAACAUCGCAAAGUACAACUGCAAUCGCUAAGACCACAACCAAGGCUUUAACUUCUACCGCUAGGGCUUUUACUAGCCCACCGGUAACUACGUUGACUGUACGACAGAAUCUAGAACGACAAGUGACUACUAGCACAACGACAAAAGCGACCACAACGACACUGAGUCCUUUCCUUACCACAACCACAGCACCGCCCAAUGUAGGAAUCUUGAACGGCCUGACACGGGCAGGUGGGGCCGGAAUCAGCAUCGGAAUCGCAUCGGCAGCCUAUGCAGCUAUUGCUCUCUUUGGAAUCCCUUUCAUAGGUCGCCGGAGGAGAUCAGUCAGUGAACUUACAUCUGAUUACAAUCCCGACUAUCGUCAUCAUUGGUUGGUGGACAACUAA